UAAAAACACACAUACACACACAUUCACACACCGCACAGCACAGCUAAGCACAAAUAACCACAGUUAUAACCGCGGCAUAGCGCGGUAAACAAAAAUAUAAGGCCAAAUAGUUUGAGAAUAACGAGAGAAUAACAACAACAAGAGAAGAUAACAGCAACUAUUAAAAAAUAACAACAAAUUAAAGUGAUAAAACAACAAAAAACGGGAAGAAGGCAAUAAAUUUCCCAACCAUACAACAACAGCGAAAAAUUCAAAAGCAUCAUUUAAAGAAAUCCCAAAGGGCACACAUUGAAAAUGGGCUGCAACACCAGUCAAGAGCUAAAGACAAAAGAUGGCAACGCCGGCGAGGCUGAGCAAGCCGCCGCCAGCGCCACUGCCGCCUCCAUCAACACCGCAACCAGCAAUGGCGACGUUAACGCUGUGAAUGCUGGCGAGCAGAAUGGCAAUCUGGUGGAGCAACAAAAGAUUGGUUCUGUCAGUGUUGGUGGUGGCGUUAGCGGUGGUGGUGGUGGUGGUAGUAGUGAUGGCGCGCAAAGUAGAAAGACAGCUUCCGCGGUCUCCACCUCAUCCGCAGCGUCAGCUGGCGCAUCCUCACGGCCGACGUCAAACAAUCUCACAAAUCACUCGAAAUCAAAUUCAAUUAUAAGUAACGGUGAUGCUAACAAGCGAAGCUCUUCACGCGAUGAGGGUGAUGGUGGCAUACUGGAGAAGGCGUUGGCGGCUGUGAAACAGCAGCAGCAGCAAUGCGAUAAAGCGGAAAUAUCCGAGUUCAACGAUAUGGGCGAAUUGGGUGAUUUGGGUGAAUUGGGCGAAGAUGAAGCAAAAGCAGCCACUAAAAUCCAAGCCGUUUUUCGAGGACACAAAGUAAGAGCCACCAUGAAGAAGAGUGAAACUAAAUCUACCCCCACCGCUGGCGCUAACGCUGCUGCGUCUGCUAACAAAAAUGCUGAAAGCAAAAAUGUUGCUGAAGCGGCGGCAGCGGCGGAGCCUACCAAAGCUGAAUUAGAGGCUGAAUUCGAUCCCAAUGACAAAGAAUUGUGUGAUGCAGCUGCGAAAAUUCAGGCAGCUUUCCGUGGCCAUUUGACACGCAAGGUCGUGACCAAAGAAACGCCCGAUGAUGACGACAUACAAGAGAUCACCAAGAAGGUAGCCGAAGAACUGGAUAUUGAUCUAAGUGAUCCCGAAUUGCAUAAAGCGGCCACUAAAAUUCAAGCUUCAUUCAGAGGACACAAAAUUCGCAAGGACAUAACAGAAUAAGAGAAUUUUUCGACUACUUUUCCUCAUUAAAAGUAAAAAAAAAAAAAACAAAAAACAAAAAAAAAUGUUGCAAAGAGAAAUACUUAAUUAAACCAAUGCGCAAAGCAUUAAUAGUAAAAAUAUUAUGAAGAAGAAUAUCACUAAAGAAAACUGUUAAGUAAAACAAAAAAAAAAAAAGACACAAUUUGAAUUAAAUGAAAAGCAAAAGUAAUUUCAAAAAAAAAAUAUAAUAAUAAUUUCGAAGAUUAAAAAACAAAUUCAUGCCAUCUCUGAGAGAAAAACAUUUACGAUUUACAAUUACUACAACAAAUACACUGAAAAAAAGAGUCAUAUGAAAGCUUUUAAGCGGCUAAGUGGAAAUGAAUCACUGAUGAAUAUAAUUGUUGAGGAAAUUUAAUAGAAAAAAAUAAAUAAAUGUUAAAUAAACAUUAAAUUGAAAAACAUUUAAAAAAAAAAGUGUUGAAUUAAACCUAAUGAAAAAGGUCCAACCAAUCGUGCGCAGUGUUGCAUUAUUGCUAAAUACAUUUAAUAUUUAUUUAUUACGAAAACUUGUUACUUUAAUUAAUUAAUUAUAAUAAUUAAUUAAAAAAAAUUAAAUGCAGUUUUAGUUGCAAAAAUAUGUUGACCUUCGAUUUCCACGCAAUUUCUAUUCCUGUUGGUAUAUUAUAUUUUUUUUUCUGUUUUCGUUUUACAACACUGGUCGACGAAAAGGGGUUUCACAACGCAUUCAUUCCUUGAGCUUUAUGAAAAGUAACUGAUUAUAUGUAUGAGUAUUUUUCUUUUACAAAAUGUAGCAACAAAAAAUAUUCAAAUACAUAUACAUACAUUAAUAAAUUAUAGUAUCAUAAAUUAAAUGUAUUUAUUAUUGCAAUAUACGUACAUAUAUAUGUACAUAUGUAUACAUACGGCUUUUGUGAUUUUAAUAAGUGCAGGGUUGCAACCGUUGGAAACAAAAGCUUUGCCAAAUUUGUGUAGAUGAUAACUUUAUGUACUAGAAUGCAAAGUAAAUUUUACUUUCCAUUUUGCUAAAAAUUAAAAAUGUUCAAAAACAAUAAUAUUUAGCAAAUUAUAUGACGACAAACACAAAAUAAAACAAAAAAAUGCAAAAAAAAAAAAUUAUAUCUAAAAAGAGCGUGUUGCUAAUUUUUAGAGGCAAAAAAAAUUGAAAUUUUUAGACAGCACAAUUUUGAGAGCAUGACAUAAAAAAAAUAAAAAUUUUUCCAAAAAAAAAUCUACUUCACUUUGGAGGUAGAUUUUUAGGUUGUCCUAGAAGUCCUUAAACUCC